GGACAGAGCGCUAGCCGCCCCGCCCCCACCCCCGUCCCAGGAACCCCCAGCCGAGGCCUCUCUCCCUGCUGGGGGCGUGUGUCAGAGUAAGGUCCCUGCGCAUGAAGGCAUAGACCUACCCAGAGCUUUGCAGUAGGCCCGGUCUCCCAGCACAUGAAGCUCCGUACGGCUCUCCUCGUCUUGGCGACCCUUGCAGAUAAAGGUGCCCGAGUCCCCCGCGCUCAAGAGCAGCUCCAGUCGCCGGAUACCAAGGACCCUCACCAUGAGAGCCCUUCUCCUGCUCUCCUUGUCUGCUCUGCUCUGCUGGGUCUCAGCUGAUAUUCGAUGUCACUCCUGCUACAAGGUCCCAGUGCUGGGCUGUGUGGACCGGAAGUCCUGCCGCCUGGAACCAGGACAUCAAUGCCUGACAACCCAUGCGUACAUCGGGAAGAUGUGGGUUUUCUCCCGACUCGACUGUGGCACACCAGGAGAGCCCUGUAAGCCAGGGGUCAACCAAACCAACCAGAAGGGGGGCCUGACCUAUAACACCACCUGCUGCAGCCAGGACAACUGCAAUAGCCCAGCCCCUCGGCCCACACCAGCCCUGACCCUUGUCUUCCUCACCUCCUUGGCUGGCCUUGGCUUCUGGCUAUUGCACUGAGACUGGCUCCAUGGCUGCCCCUCCUCCCAUCUGCCUUCGCCUGAGCCUCUCUUGUGUUUCCAUACACCCUGCUUCCCUUUGCUCAGAAAAGCAUCUCUCCAGAUGCUUCAUAUUGCUUUAACUAGACAGCGGUCUCUCCAUCCAUCUUUCCACCCACGCCCUCCACUCUGCUUUCCCAGAGACCCUUCCCAUUUCCCUCGACACCACUCCAGAUCCUCCAUUGCCUUCAGGGAGUGCUCCCCACUUUGCUUCCUGCGCUCUCCCGUGCCCUGUGUAAAGAGCAAUUGGAAUCUGGACCUGAAAUGGAGUUCUGUCCUGUCUCCAGUGAAGGCUGCCAGGAAGCACCUGAUAACCUCACCGUAUAAGCUGACACUUCAAAUCCUGGCUCCCAUACAUACCUCAUCCCCAUGCCCACCCCUUUCCAUUCCAAGUAAUAAAUGUGUAAAGCCGA